CCUAAAAACCAAAUGAAAUAUUUAUCCUGGAGCGCCAAGCCAACAGUCUCCUAAUCGACGACGUCGUCUCAAUCCCGCACCGCAAUGCUAAAUAUCCGCUGGCUUCCCCGCCGUCAACAUCUCAGCCUCUCUUACACUCUAAACACCAAGCUCAACUUCCACUCCUUGUCCCAACCCAAGGUCGACGAAUUCGAUGACUUCUUGCCGUGGCUGAAGCGGAAGGCCGGCGCAGAUAUUUCGUCAGCGCUUUCGAUUGGGAAAUCGGCGUACGGAACGUCUCUGUUUGCUUCAAAGAGUAUAACGGCUGGAGACUGCGUUUUGAAGGUUCCGUACAGCGUGCAACUAGCUUCGGAUAAUCUCGUUCCAGAACUGAAAGAUUUGUUGAGUGAUGAAGUUGGCGAUGCUGCAAAGCUUGCCGCUGUCGUUUUGUUAGAGCAGAGAAUGGGCAAUGUAGAUUGCUGUUCUAGUUUAAUUUACUAUGUUGUGGAAAGAUUUUCUCUGUGGAGUUUGAGGUUUUUGUUUAUGCAGGAUUCCGGGUGGGCCCCUUACAUCCGCCGGCUUCCUUGCCCGGAGGAGAUGCAUUGCACGAUAUUUUGGAGUGACGAUGAGUUGGAGCUGAUUCGCCAAAGCUCUGUAUAUCAGGAAACAAUUAACCAAAGAUCUCAAAUCGAAAAGGAAUUUUUGGCAAUUAGGAUGGUAAAUACUUGAUUUUUUUUAUUCUCAUGGUUUUGGGACGUUAAUGCUCGAACCUAAACCGUGUAUACGUUUUAAAGUUUAAUAUCAUCAUCUCUAUUCGGGGUUUAAACUGUUGGUGGCAUGUAAUUCGAUGACCCAUUAUAUUUAAUGUUCGGGCAAAACUAAUCAACCAGAGUAACCAGUCAAUACGACUAGAAUAAUGUGGCACAAAUUUUUCAGAAUUUGGAAUAGUGGGGCAUCCCAUCAACUUAAUAACUUUUU